ACUCGUAUCGAGCACAUUAUACUUAUAUAUAAAAUGGAUACAGAAACUAAAAAGGAACUAGAGUUCCAGGAUAUCAAUGCUGGAAAAGCUAGUAAAAGUACUGUGGCAAAGGUCACUGAAACUGGAUUUCUCGUGGCAACGUGGCUGGCUCUGGGACUGUAUUUGGAAAUAUUCGGGCCGACUCAGAAGGAUUUGGUGCUGAAACUAGGCACGGACUAUGAACAUAUCGCAGUCGCCAUUUCCGGUCGUAGCGUGGGUCUGUUUCCGGGAUGCGUACUGGGCGGGCUGUUGGUGGACCGGUUCGGACGCUGGUGUCACGUUAUGGUGGCAGUUUGUCUCGAUAUCGCCGCCGUCGUCACAAUGGCCAUCCCCUACUCGCCAAGCGUCGAGCUGCUAUGGGUGUUUUGCUUUAUCGGCGGUCUCGUGGAGUCCGUUAUCAACAUAGCUGGACAAAAGUUGAUUCUCAAGUUAUGGUUGGAGAAAUCUGCCACGCCAAUGAUUCUGCUGCAUUCCGGUUACGGGAUCGGCUCGUUCGUGAUUCCACUCUACACCAACCCGUUUCUAGCCCUGGUGAAAACAGUUGACGUUCCUCUCGAAAACACGUACAGCAAUGUGACUGAAAUGCCUUACAUUAACCACACUCUUUUAUAUACAAAUGUUACACAGGAAACACAAAUAAUCAAGCAGUCCAGAAUAGAAUAUUCCUACAUGAUCUCAGCCGGAUUGGUCCUAAUACAUUCCCUCUCAUUUUAUUUCUUUCAAAUUCGAGAACGUCAAUUUCAAGACGUAAACUUGGAAAAAACUAUUGGCAAAAGCAUUAAACCUGAAAAAGACAGAUCUCUUAUCGAAAUGGUGAACCCCGCCACAUGUACGGGGGGCCGAACCUGUUAUGGAGUACAGCUAUUCUUACUCAUAUUCCUGUACUUUGCGAAUGCCGGCGGCGGGGAGAGGGUGGUGGCCAACUUUAUCCGCAGCUUCUCCAUUGACCAGCUUCAAUUCUCCAACGACGACGCUUCCUACAUCAACACAGCAUUCUGGAUCAGCUUUACGGUAGGGCGGGUGGUGUUCUCGGUCGCCGCCAGGUGGGUGUCUAUACGCAUCCUGAUAUUGAUCCAGACAAGCGGCCUUACUGUCAUUGCCAUUCUCAUGAAUAUUUUCGCCAAGCACAACACCAUGGCCCACUGGGUGUUGGUACAACCACUCGGGGUGUUUAUAGCGCCGCUCUGGCCUUCCUGUGUCGCAUGGACUGACUACCAUAUGGAGCUGACCGGAAUUGGAAUGUCGAUUAUCCUGCUAGGCGGAUCUGUAGGUGGAAUUUGCCACUUAAGGCUAAUCGGCUACCUAUACGAAAACUUUGGUCCUCAGACGUUCCUGUAUCAAGUUAUGGGCUAUGCGGGUCUAGCGCUACUGUUAGCUGUCGCUCUCGAUGUGGUUGGCUCUCAACAUGGAAACAGGUUUUUGUGGAAUAAAGCUGAACGCGAAAAAGAAGUAAACAAUUCAGAGAGGUUAUGAUUUUGAAUUAAUCGGUUUUGUAGACAUUACGGAGGUCGAUAAGCUUAAAUUAUUUUGUGACACAACUUUGUAUACCGAAAUGCAACUGCAUGUACAUAGUAUUUGAAUGUGCCCUUGUUAUUUCACCAAGA